UGAAUGAAUAUAUGAAGGGCAGAGACAGAAAUCUGGCACUCAGUUGCAUGGCCCUGGCUUCAUUUUCUUAUUCCUGGGGUUUGUCCCCUGGAUGAUAACGAGUCUGAAAAGUGACCAUGUGUGGAGGGUUUACUAUGUGCCAGGAACGGCGGGACACAUUUCACCUACAUUAUCUUAGUUAAUUCUCACAGCCCUUUGAAGUAGGUAAAGUAGGUACUAUUUUUACAUUCUGUAUUCAAGAUGAGGAAGCAGAUUUCAGAGAGGUUAAGUCACAAAAACAAGAGUGGGUGAAGCUGGAUUGGAAUUUCAGAGAAUCUGAUAACAAGGAUCCUCUCUGGAUAGGCCCUUGGGAACACUAAACCACCCCCGCCCGCUACCCCUGCCGUCUCUUCUACGUGGCAGGGGUGAAGCAGAGGGAGAAGGGACACCAAAUUCCGUUGAAGGAUUGGGAUGAAGGUCUGGGGCCAGUCCCCCAAUGCAGAAUUGGCCAUAAGUCUACUACCCUUCCUGUCCUAGCCGGCUGGAGGAGCGUGUAGUUUGCCUUCCCGCCACCAGAGGGAGCAGGGGCGGGGUGCCUCAGAGAGGGCAGCUCAGCAGGGCUCCCAGCUGUCACUGCCAGACUGUCAGGUGUCCAUGUGGCGCCACUAGUCCAGAGAAACCUUUAGGCUGACACACCACAAAAGGGUUGCAGACUGAGACCCUCCCAGACAGAGCUCUCAGUGGGCCCUCGGACUCAGACUCUAGAGGGACUUUAGUGGAGACAUCCAGAGGCUCUCCUGCACCAGGGCUCCCCACGGUGAGACACCGACUCUGGAGACUGCGACUCCUCAGAGGGACUCCAGGCUGAGGAACUCUCGGAGAAGCCCCGUAGAAGCCUUCAGAUUGAAGGGACCCCUUCUGAAACUCUUCAGAGGAACUCUCAGAAGGAGACACUUUUGGAAGAGACCCUUAAGGCAGAUCAUGAGCCAUCAGCUCCUGUGGGGCAGACUGUAGAACACAGCUCCGCGAGGGACGAGGGUCGAAGCCCGCCAGCACCAUGGGACAGUGUCGGUCAGCCAAUGCCGAGGAUGCCCAGGAAUUCAGUGAUGUGGAAAAGGCCAUUGAGACCCUCAUCAAGAACUUCCACCAGUACUCGGUGGAGGGCAGGAAGGAGACGCUGACCCCUUCGGAGCUCCGGGACCUGGUCACCCAACAGCUGCCGCACCUCAUGCCGAGCAACUGUGGGCUGGAGGAGAAGAUUGCCAACCUGGGGAGCUGUAAUGACUCCAAACUGGAGUUCGGGAGCUUCUGGGAGCUGAUUGGAGAAGCAGCCAAGAGUGUGAAGCUCGAGAGCCCUGUGCCCGGGUGUUGAGAGCCCCCUCCUGGAAUUAUUGGGGGGAUGUGGCCGGGAGAGACUGUGGGCCUGGAAAUACAAUUCCUCUCCACCACCACCACCACCACCACCACCACCACCACCACCCUGCUCCUCAGCCCGCACCUCUUCUCACCUCUGCAAAGUCCCAGUUCAUAACCCCUUCCCCAGGGGUCUCUGCACUUCCCUCCCCUGGGUAUACCACGGAGCUCCUGGGUCCAGGAGUCGCCCACAGAAGGAGGGACAGGUUGGGGCCAAGGAUGGAUAUUGAGGGAUCGGGGUGGUAUAAGGCUAAGUAAUUUGGCAGUGGGGGUAGGACAGAGAGGGGCUGGGCUGUGGGAAAUGAUUUGAAGAAUGGGGCUGGAAACAUGGCUGGAUAAAAGGUGUCUGAGAACCUACCCCUCCUAAUCUCUUCCCUCCAAUUGUCAUUGUCCAUCCAGUGCUGCCCUCCCUGCCUCCAGCCCUGCUCCAGCCUCCUUCCAGGGCUCUGACCCUGGGCCAUCCCUGAGCUAGGGUGAGAGGGCAGGGUCAGGGAGAGGGCAAGGAGGGUGAAAGAGGAUUUUAGGGUGAAAGGGGCAGCUGGGUGCUUGGGCGUUUGCAGAAUGAUGGUUGUUUUGUAUCUUUUGAU